UGACCUGCGGCCGCCAUAUCAAUAUGAUACGUCUGCACGGCCGCAACAUCUCCAGAGCGGAGCGCGCGCGCGUGGGGCGCACACUGCUUAUCAGAGGAACGAGACACUUUCACCGACCGGUAUAAAGUCACUUUGAGCUCGAGCCAGCGACUGCCACGAAAAAGUAUCCACUGAUGCUAUUCUCUUGACAGAGGUGAAAAUGGCUGAGGACAUUCAGACAAAACUUGAGAAAUAUCGCACAGCCCCCUUUGAUGCCAGAUUCCCCAACCAGAACCAGACCAGGAACUGCUGGUCCAACUAUCUGGACUAUCAUCGCUGCCAGAAAGCUCUGGACGCCAAAGGAGUGGACACCGCCCCAUGUGACUGGUACAAAAGGGUCUACAAAUCACUCUGCCCCUUAUCCUGGGUCCAGAAAUGGGAUGACCAGAGAGAAGAGGGCACCUUUCCAGGAAAAAUCUAAGACUACCAUCUCCGAAGCUGUUGGUCUGCAAAGAUAUAAUCUUCUCAGCUAAAUGUUUGUUUAAGUGGUGGGAGACCACGUGGCUCCAUCACCACCUUUCCACAGCUGAUGCUCUGUACUAGGAGCACUCUGUAACUGAAUGGUCAUUCCUUACAAAUAUCAUGAAAUGUAUAGCAGAUUCUGCAUUAAAGUAUCUCAGGAUAUAUUUAA